CAUAAGCUGAAUCUUUUAUAUUUCUAUUUUCAAGACUACCCCUCCCUUCACCCCUCACAACGACUUUGGCAGGAUGCUCCCAAGAUCUUUAUUCUCUGCCUCAUCCUUAAAAUCGCCACAGCAAUACACUACUAAUAGUGCAAAUAACAGCGGUGACGAAAGCCCACCACCACGCCAGCAUAACUCGUCGAGAUCGCGUAGAGAACGCGAACGACCGCACAACAACACAAAGACAAAAUCAGAGGAGCCGAGCUCUCCCUUACUUUGCGCCAAUAUUGAAUCAGAAACAGAGAUGGAUAAUCAGAACUAUGUAAGCGUCACCGAUUCGUCCAAUGCUUUCGAUUCUAGCGAUGACCAGGAGGAAGAAAGAAACACUGCGCCGCUCAACUUACAAGAUCUCAUGCUUCAGCUUCGACAUCAACAAGCCAAACAAGCAAGAUACGUGGAAAAGACUCGUAAGCUCAGCCAGCGAAUGCAGGAGACAAGUUUGCGAAUUGCGCAGUUGACUGGCAUGGCUUUGCAAGGACCGUCAACACUAUCAUCAUCAUCAUCAUCAUCGCCGCGCUCGUCUCUACUCACAAUAGUAACAUUAAGCCAAACCGAAAUACCAUGGUGGUGGAUAUAGACGAAGAACAGUCGUUACAGCGACCGAUGUACGCAAAACGUUCAGCAGGACCUCCACAGAGUCCAUUACCACCGGCAAAAAUACCACGACAUAGUAGUAAUAGUAGUGCUGCUGAAUCCCAGGCCCC